UUCUGCCUUUCAUGUCUUCUUCUUCUCGACAGCCUAAUUACACAAUCGAUGAAGAUAAACAUCUUUGUCGUGUGUAUAUGGAUCUAUCCCAAGAUGGUGAAACAGGAAUCCAUCAAAAAAAAGAUACCUUUUGGAAAGAAAUUGUGAGGGUAUAUAAUAGUGACAAACCUUCUCCACAUAUUCCUGAUCGAACCAAAAGAUCGCUUGAAACUCGUAUGCAAGUCAUUAUGAGUUCUCUUUCAAAAUUCAAAGGAUGCGUGCAACAAAUCGAAUAUCUAAAUCCAAGUGGCGCUUCUGAAAAAGAUAUUUUUGAUCGUGCAAAACAAUUACUGACGGAGGAUCCAAGAUAUAAGAAAGGAUUCAAGUUUGAGCAUGUCUGGCCCCUUAUGAAAGAUUUUGUGAAGUUUGAUUGUCCUUCACAAAGGUCUUCAUUUCAAGCAGAAACAACACCAGAAUCUCCUAUCUCACCUGAUGGUUUGUCUUCUUUUAGUAUCAAUCUAAGUGAUGGUAGUGGCAGUGGUUCAGGACCAACACAACGUCCAGAUGGGGUAAAAAAGACUAAAAAUAAGAGAAAAAAAGGCGAAGAUAUGUCUAAUAUUCUACAAGCAAUUGAUCAAGGAAAUCAAAGACUUGAAGAAAUAAUGGAUAACUCAUCCACAAAAAAAGAUCAGAUCAUGCAACUACAACAACAAAAGAUUGAAGCAAAAAAACAAGCUCUUGCAUUUCGUAAAUGGGAAGCAGAUAAUAAAAUUUUGAUGAUAGACACCGACAAUAUUUCUGAUCCCAUUCGACGUGAGUACUUCAAACAAGAACAAACCAGAAUCAUAUUGAAAAGGCAAGACGGUUCAGGUUCAAGCAAUGCUUUCAAUAUGUUUGGUGAUGAAUUUCCGAAUUUUGGCGGAUCUGGAAGUGAUGCUGGAGGAUCUGAAGGGGAUUUUGGACCUUAUUGAAUGUUUUCUUAAUUUAAUAUUAUUGUAUUUCUAUUUCUUGUAAUUUUAUGUUUAUGAUAUUUUUGUGUUGUUGUAAUUUUAUUAUUAUCGCA